AUGGACCAUGUCAAGUCCAAGCAGGCUGAGGCUCAGAAACCAGCCCCCAAGCCGCUCAGCAUAGUUGAGAGCUACCAGCGUCAAUGGGAUCAGCUCAUGGAGAAUACCAACAAGCAAAUCGACAAGAUCCGCCGUAAGUGGAAUCCAAAGAAUCCGAUGGGAUGCAGAAUGAAGCUGACAGGCUGCAGAGGAGGAAGAAGCCAGAAACUCUAA